CCAACUUCUUGCUGCUGCGCCGACUGGCAUUGGCAACCUCCGACUCCGAGUCCUCCACACGUCUUUCUCGAUGCAUCCGGUUCUGCCUACAAUGGCUGCCCAGCCAGACAGAUAUGAGGGGACCAGAUCAAGAGGAAUGGCGCCUUGAGGUUGCGAGCAGUGCGUGCUAAGAGUAAGAGAAUCUUAGUGUAGGCCCUUAGGUGUUUUCUUUACCUAGCGGUAGUUUCCAUCUGUCCUGGAUUCUGCAUUUGCGGUGGAGCCAUCUUGCAGCUAGAUAACCAGGCGGUACCUCGUGCGGGGGUGGUCCCUUUGCCCAGCAUGGACAAUCAGGGGCAUAUGCAGAGUGAGCACGAUGCGUACAUGGCUGAGGGGGGCGUCGUCUAUUAUGAUGACGAGCAUAUGCAUCAUGCCCAUGGGAACGAGAUGGCCCUCGUACCAGUGGACGUGGGCAAUGACGAGGAUGACAUGUCACUCUCCCAGCCAUCCGCAUCGGAGGGGCUCCCUCCUUUUGAAGGGCCGGCAGGCAAGCCAAAGAGGAGGUCGUCCAAGGGAGGCUGGACUCCUGAAGAGGAUGACAUCCUGCGGCGGGCAGUGCAAGUCCACAAGGGCAAGAACUGGAAGAAGAUUGCUACAUACUUCCCAGAUCGCACAGACGUGCAGUGCCUGCACAGGUGGCAGAAAGUCCUCAAUCCAGACUUGGUCAAGGGCCCCUGGACAAAGGAGGAGGACGAGCGGAUCGCGCAGCUGGUCGCGCAAUAUGGGGCUAAAAAGUGGUCGAUCAUCGCGCAGAACCUGCCGGGGAGGAUCGGAAAGCAGUGCCGUGAGCGGUGGCACAAUCACCUGAACCCAGUGAUCAAGCACACGCACUGGACUGAGGAGGAGGACGCGGCGCUCAUCCGCGCACACUCGGCGUUCGGCAACAAGUGGGCUGAGAUCGCACGUUACUUGCCGGGCCGGACAGACAACAACAUCAAGAACCACUGGAACAGCACUGUGAAGAAGAAGGUGGAGCAGUACGGUGAGGCCAAACUGCUGGAGAUGCUGGGCGCGGAUCUGUCGGUCCCUCUAGUCCCAGUCGAAUGGAACCCCCCCGUCGAGGCGGGGCACUACGGCGACGAUGACGAUUACGAAACAGGGGGAUACGGCGACGAGCCACAGUAUGGGUGUGCUGAGUACCCCCCCCCGCCGGCAUACCCCCCUCAACAGGCACUCCCUCCCCCUCAGCAGCAGCGGGGCAGGAAGCGCCCUUUCCAGACCCCCCCGCAACAGAACGGGGGGACGGUUCCAAUGAAGCUGCCGCUUCCAUGGGGGGGUACCGGGCCCUGCCUGAACUUCCCCCCUGGACCGGUGAGCACGCUAGGGCUGCUGGCGAUGCAAUCGGGGGCGCGGGUGCAGACGGGGGUUCAGUUGCAGCCGUCUUUGGAACACGGGUACAUUGUGCGGCAGAUCGCGCCGCCACCCCAGGAGCUCCCCCCAACGGUGAUCCAGCCGCAGGCGACGCGCGCGCAGCCCCCCCAGAAAGUUGUGGGCGCAUCGGAGGAUCUGCUGGCAGCGGCGAACAAGGCGGUGAAUGAGUACCGACUGCCAGAGUACCUCACAGGCACCCCCGACGGCAAGCUCGAGGUCAUUGACGAGCAGCGCGGCGCUGAGAACGAAAGCCCCCCCCACGCGCCAAACUCGGGCCGCCUCUUCUACGAGCCGCCCAAAAUAGUCUCGCCGUUUGCGGGGGCCUCCUUUGACUCGUUCCGGAGCCCCCCGGAAGGAAAAGCGAGCGCCUUUUCGCCCCUGGGGAUCACGCAGGUCAUCGGGGGUGCGCAGUCCGCGUUUACGACGCCCAACCAAGUCACACCAUCGCAGCUCUUCGAUGGCAUAAGCCCGCAGUCCAAGCUGCGCAGCGCUGCCAAAACCUUUGGUGGGACGCCCUCCAUUUUCCGGAAGCGCCCCCGGCGGUUAGACCCAAACCCGUCUCCGGUUGACCCUAACCCCGAGCCCGCCCGAGCCAACGGCGAGGGGGGUCCAAGAGAAGGGGGGGCGGUGCGUGCGAGCAUUCUGGAGGGAGCGGCAGAAAGCGAAAGAAGAGCAGCGGGCCAGGGCAAUGCACAGGACGGCGGGGGGGAAAGCGUGAGUGGGCCCUUAAAGCGGGGGGCGGAGGAGGACGAGACUGCGUCAGUGGGGGGGAAGGAACGGGCUUCUGAGAGGGGGGGGGACCGGGAAGAUGAGGCGAACGAAGCCGGGUCAAAGAGGCGGGAUGGCGACGGCGAUGCGAGGGAGGGAUUAGUAAACGGGGCAACAGAAAAUGGGGGAGGUACGAUCAGGGGGGGGUCAAGCACCAGAUACGGAAACGGGGGUGCGGGGGCGGAUGCGAACGGGCAUGUGAACGGGAGUGCGGGGUCGAGCGGUCUACAUGGAAAGGAGCGGAGCAGUGAGGUAAAUAAGGGGGCGAAUGGAUCGGGCAUAGAGGUGGGGGGGAGCAGGGGGGGCACGCAAAAGAACGGAGUAGGGAACGGGGUGGGCCAGCAGAGCCUGAGUGGCAGCCCCGUGAGGGGGAUGAUGAGGGGAGGGGGGGGGAGGACACCCCCCCGAAAAACCUCCAGCAUCAAGGGUCCUUCACUGAAUGUGGCGGUACCGGUGCAUGGGUCCGUCCUUGUGGAGCAACCUUUCAAUAGCCUCUCGAUUGCCGCCCCUUCCUUCCGAGUGCCGGCCUCUCGACCCCCCCUGGCCGGGGGCCAUUCACACCUGUCCAAGAACAUCAAGGCCAGGCCCAUAGCAAGGGCCUCGGGAAAUUCACCCGGGCUGCAAAAGGCGCAACCACUAAUUCCUUUUGUGGCUUCCUCGUGGACCGGGGACGGCGGGCUCGUGACAGCUGUCGAGGUCCGGCCCGUGCCGGCGGCGCUCCCAGUGAUGGAUGCGGGGGAUCCCUUCGUAUCCAUGACCAUGCCUGCAAUAGACUCUCCCGGUUGGCGACCUUGGCCGUCCCCCCAUGCCCGCCAGGCAGCGCCGUCGCCCCUUCAGCGGCGCCGAGAUGAGCAGGAGUUGGAGCUGUUCAUGGGAACGGGCUCCGCUGUGGACGACCCGCUCGGCAUGCUGCGCCACAUCACAGACCAGAGUGCCGCUGCUGUAGAAGAGGUGGAAAACAUCCCGGUAGAAGCCGCCUUAACGAGCCCCUCUCCAAGGCGCCCGGGGGAUAGGGGCACGGGCCUGACUUGGCUCCCGUCGCCAUCUUUCCGAGAGCCCUUCUCGCCGUCUUUGUUCGACGUGAGCCUCCCCUCGCCCUUGCCGCUCCGUGAGCCCAGCCAUCUGAUGGUACCUAUGGGUCAACCGAGCCCCCAAGCAUCGGGGGCGUCGACACCGAUGGCUGCGGAACAAGCCUCACGGGAAAGAGGCAAUUUAGAAACGUAUGGGCCCCCUAUUCGACUGCUCAAGGAUUGUAGAUGACUGAAUGUCCUGGAAUAAGUUUUGCAACCGUCUUUUCCAUACUGUAUACCACUGCCGUGCUACAUUCAAACAUUGACGCACAGAGGGGAGAGGGACAAGAGGGACGAAUGUAACAUAUGCCGUGUGAUUUACUGUGCGAUGAACAGCCAAUUUCAUAGGUCUUUACCGCCCUUGACAUUCACAAAAGAGUAGUGCAAAGUUCUUUAAAGAAUGCAUGCUUUGUUUGGCCUAGGUCAUAGGUUCUGCAUGUCAACCCCAUGCCAUUAUUGGAUCCGACACAUACCGGUAGC